UUGCGUUCACAGAAUAGAUUUCCUAUCAAAGCGAUUCAGGUCGCUAUGAAAACACCUGAGCAGCGGACGAUGGAAGAUUUGGAGCUGGUCUUGUCUUCUCUCCGAUCGUUGCUGAGCAUCAGAUACUACAGCAAGUCCUACCAGCUCAUGCUAGCCAAGAUAAUGCGAUACGAACGGUUCAGGAGGAGGAGGGUGAUCAUGAAGAAAGGACAGACAGCACACAGCUUCUACUUCAUAUACUCAGGGGCGGUCAGCUUUACCACCGACCAAGAUGGAAGCAGCGCAUUUGAGGAAGAGCAUCAAGCGGACCUCCGAAAGGGGGCCAGGUUUGGAGAAAUACCGGUAUUAAAGGGGCUGCGCAGAAAUUUCACGGCUGUCUGUGUGGACGACACUGAGCUCCUGGUGGUGGACAAAGAGGACUUCUUUGAAAACAGACUUGAUCAGGUGCUCGUAGAAGAAUCUCAUCGUCGUUUUAUAUUUUUCAGAUCGCUAAGCCUCCUGAACUCAUUGCCUGACAGCUCCAUUGAGAGUCUUUCUGAUUACUCAACCACAGAGGAGUUCCUGUACGGCCAGGUUAUUCCCAACAAUAUGGACCAACUCAUCUUCAUCAUCAAGGGCCGAUUUGUCGUUCUGCGAUUGGUGGAUCUCACCCAGUGCCCGUGCUAUCACAGGUUCAUUGUUCAGGAGUUGCCAUUUUUGAAAAGCACCAUUCAGAAACCAGAGUCUAGCGUUGACAGACGAUUUCUCAACCUGACUCUCAGAAGUGGGUCGACGCACAGAAGCUUGGAUCGCAAAAGCUGGCUCAGGAUGCCCAGCACCUCGUCGUCCUUAAUCCGUCAACACGGGGCUUCCAGGACCACGAAAGGCCUGAGUGCCUCUUCCUCAAUCGUUUCUGUUACCUCCAUCGCAGAAGUCUCUUCCAAAACACAGCAGGGGAAGACAAAGAGUCAGUCACAGAAGUUUCUCAAAGUGAACAGUGCCAUCAGUACAUCAAGGUUGGAAGACAGUUCACACUUAAUUGGGAAAACUUCAAGGAAGCAGUUGAUUCCCAAAGCCCUGUCCGUUGCUGUUUACAUGAAGAUAGAUUCAGUUCUGCCAGGGGAAGUAUUUGGGCUGCGGCAAUACUUUGUGGCCAAUAACCUCAAGGAUAAGAGAGUCUUCAGCAUCAAGAGCCAAGGCACAACGAUUGUUCGGAUCGACAUGCAGACCUUUGCAGCACUGAUGGACCAGGAAACCCUGCAAAAAGUGAGGAAGCUGCAGUCUGUCUAUCCGAGUGAUGAUGAGCUCUGUGACCUCUUCAUCAAAAAUAAUUACUGGAAAAUCUUUAAAAGGAAUAUGAUCUCCAAACUCACCUGCAAGCCUCAGCGCUUCUCGCCUUCAGGCCAGGUAGCAGAGUCUGGCCGAGGGGAGGACUUAUACGAGAUUGACAAGACCGGCAUCCUGAACCUUCCGGAAAUCUCCAGCAAUCGGAAUAUGCUUUUCUCAAAGCCGUCCUAUUAUGUUGCCCCCGUUAUCAGAACAAGGGAAGAUGGUAGCACUCCAAUGCCAAAGCUGGACCUCCAACUCAUUCACGGAAUUGCAAAGCUUCCAUCCAGUAUAGCCAAUCUGCUGUACUGAGCACACCCAAGCCCUGCCUUUGCUGCCCUUUAACAGUCAAGCAUCUCAAUCUGAUGGCCUAAUAGAUUUCCAACCAUUUCGUUUAUGUUUCUAUUUCCGCAUUGCACCAAUUUCCACAGAUAAUUGUCCAACCAGUUGCCCUGUCCCAUUUUGUUCUUUCCCAUACUUGGAUCAUUUAUAUUGUUCAUUCCCUCCUCGCUGACCAACACCACAUGAAGUGAGAUUUCAUCUCUUCCCGUUAGGGACUUUAUGAAAGACUGAUUGUCAUAAAAGCACAGUGUCACGAAAAUGGAAUGCCGUGCCAACCCAAUGCUACCAAAACCCAACGUGAUAGAGACUCAGUGUGAUAAACCUCUGUCUGAUGGAGUUCUGACAAAGUCACAAUGUUAUUGAUGUGGAAAAGACUUAAAAAUAAUAAAGACCCAAUGUGAUGGCGACCCAAUGUUUUAAAAGUCGAUGUGAUACUCAAUGUGAUGAAGACCCAAAAUGAAGAAGACUCAAUGUGACCCGAUGUGUUCAAAACUCCAUGUGUUGAAGACUCAGUUUGAUAAAGACUCAAUAUUUUAAAUAUUGAUGUGAUAUUUAAUGUGAUAAAGAGUCAAAGUAAUGGAGACUCAAUGCGAUAAAGACCAAUGUGAAAGAGACUCAAUAUGGUAACGAUUCAAUGCAACAAAGAUUGGAUGUGGUAAAAUCUCGAUGUAAGAAGGACUUGAUGCAAU